CCUGGCCUCAGUGGGCUGUAGCACAGCUUCGGUUAUGAGCAGCUCCUCAAGUACAGUGAACCGGCAGUUUUGAUGAUCCAACAAGAACACGACGACGGCCCCGGCCCGCCAGCACGUCAACUGAAACAGCCAGUAUGUCCGUGCUGUGCUCACUUUACGGCCGUUGCUAGAAUGUUACUAUUAGCAAGUCAAACAAAUCUGCCGGCUCAUCGCUGGGGGAGAGAACGGUUCCGUACAUUCACAUAGCUUUCGCUCAAUAUAGGCGUUGAUCCGCUUUCACCUUCCCCAAUCUCAUCUUCCACACACAUUUUUUUCCUAUCGAGCUCGUCAGUCUUCAGUCC